AUGCAUUGUCCUGAUAAUUGGCAAUUAAUAGGAGGAAAAUGUUAUAAAAUAUUUAAUGAAAAAAAAAGUUGGUGGCAAGGAUUAUUUACAUGUCAAAGAUAUGGUUCUUAUUUAGCAAAAAUUGAUAAUAAAAAUGAAAAUGAUUUUAUUGGAAAUAUUUUAAAUAAUAAUACAAAUAAUAAUAAUAAUAAAUAUUGGCUUGGUUUAAUAAAAGAUCAUUCAACUGAAGAUGAUAUUAUUUUUACAUGGUCAAAUGGUAUGAAUGCUAAUAUAUAUGCUGGUUUUUGGGAUAUUAAACAACCAAAUUAUAAUGAUGGUAGUUGUGUAUAUUAUAAUAAAAAAUCAAAUUCAUGGUUUCUUGGAACGUGUAAUGAACUUUUACCAUUUAUCUGUCAAAUUGAUGCAUGCCCUCAAAAUACAUUCUUUUGUCAAACUGGACAAUGUAUUACAGAAACAUAUCAUUGUAAUGGAUUUGAUAAUUGUGGUGAUUUUUCUGAUGAAUUAAAUUGUCCUACAGCAAAUGAUAAUAUAGAUUGCCUUAAAUAUUUUACUGAAUUAUCUGGAAUUGUACAAACACCAAAUUUUCCUUUACCAUAUCGUGGAAAUUCAAAUUGUAAAUAUGUUAUUCAAGUACCUGAAAAUUAUCGAAUACAAUUAAUUUUUGAAGAAUUUGAUACAGAAGAAAAUAUUGAUUUAGUAUCAAUAAUUGAUGGUGGUCCAGCAGAUAAUACAUCAUUUGCUAUUGCAACUUUAUCAGGAAAUAAAAAAAAUGCAAAUGAUUUAUUUUAUACAUCAUCUACAAAUUCAUUAAUAAUACGUUUUAGAAGUGAUGCUUCAGCACAAGGAAAAGGUUUUAAAGCUAAAUGGAAUUCAAUAAAUAUUAAUUGUGGUGGUGAACUUAUUGCUCAUUCAUAUUUACAAAAAUUUAAUUCACCUGAUUAUGGUAAAUUAUCAGGAUAUCCAAAUGGUUUAGAAUGUGUAUGGAUUAUAAGAGGAAUAGAUGGUGAUUUAUUAAGUUUAACUAUUGAAAAUUUAGAUAUAGAAGAAAAUAAAGAUUUUCUUAUAAUUCAAGAUGGUGAUAAACCUAAUUCACCAAUAUUAAGUAAAUUUACAGGAAAAAAUGAUUAUAAAAGAUUAAUUAUAUCAACACAACAAAAUUUAUAUAUAUAUUUUUCAUCAGAUUUUAAAGGUAAUGGUAAAGGAUUUCAAAUAGCAUAUAAACGUGGUUGUGAUAAUACUAUAUCAUCAUCAUUUGGUGAAAUUAUAUCACCUGGAUUUUUAAGUAUACCAUAUCCAACUGGUAAACGUUGUACAUAUAAUAUUGAUAUGGAAUCAUCAGCAAUUAUGCCAUUAACAUUAUCAUUUAAUACUUUUAAUAUUAAUAAAGAUGAUCUUUUACAAAUAUAUACUAAUAAUAAUGAUAAUGAAUCAGGAAAAAUUCAUUCAUUAAAUGGUUUUAAUAGUCAAAAUAUUCCACCAUCACAUAUUUUUAUUGAUUCAAAUAAAGCAUAUAUAACAUUUUUAAUGAAUUCAAUACAAAAAGGAUCUGGAUUUAAUAUAACAUUUAGUCAAAAUUGUCCAUCACUUAAAACACCAACAUCAGUAACACAAACAACAAAAAAUACACCAUUUGGAUAUAAAGUAACUGUAACAUGUCCUAUUGGUUAUGAAUUUAUUAAUGGAAGAGGUGAACAAUUUGAUAUUGAAUGUAAAAUGGGUGGUAAAUGGAAAGAAACAUAUGUACCUGAUUGUCAACUAAAAUAUUGUAAAGGUAUACCACAAAUAUUAAAUGGUAUUACAAUUGAAGUAACAAAUAAUAAUUAUUUAGGAAAAAUAAAAUAUGCUUGUAAAGAUGGUUUUUAUUUUGAAAGUAAAAAAGAAUUUGAAGAAAUAACAUGUACUGAAAAAGGAGUAUGGAGUGAUAUACCAAAAUGUAUAGCAAAAAAUUGUACCACAUUACCAUUUUUUUAUAAUGGUAAAAGAAUAUUAAUUAGAGGUGAAGAAUUUAAUGAAGGAAGUUUAUAUAAAUAUAUAUGUGAUGAAGGAUAUGAAAAAAUAGGUUCAGAAUAUUUGGUAUGUCAAAGUAAUGGUGAAUGGAGUUAUCCACAACCAUAUUGUAAAAAAUUACUUUGUAAUGAUAUUCCUAUAAUUGAACAUGGAACAUUUGAUGUUACAUCAUUACAAUUUGGUGAAAAAGCAAUUUUAAGAUGUGAUAAUGGUUUUUUAUCAAAUAAUGAAAAUGAAAUUGAAUGUACAUCAAAUUUAACUAUAGUUGGAUCACCAAAUUGUAUUGAUAUUGAUGAAUGUACUUUAGAAAUGGAUUAUUGUGAUAAAUUAACAACAUAUUGUCAUAAUGUUCCUGGUACAUAUGAUUGUAUUUGUAAAAAUGGAUUUGAAAUACCAAAAAAAUGUAAAAAUAAUAAUAAAUUAUUUUUUGAUAAAAUUCAUGGUAAAAUUAAUAUUAAUGAUAGUUCAAUUUGUUCAGAUGAAGAUGGAAUAAUUCGUUUAACAUUUUUAUCAUUAAAAUUAUUAAAUUCAUUUAUUAUUGGAUCAGUUAAACAAUCAGAAGUAUAUAUUGAAGUAAGAAUAGGUGAUAAAAUUAAUCAUAAACCAACAAUAUAUAAUUUUGACAAUACAACAAAUGUUUUAAAAUUAGAGGCAAAUUCAGGAAAAACAGUUGUUGAAUUAAAAGAAUCAAUUGAAUUAAAAGUUUUUGAAUUAUAUAUACAUAAUAAUAAUAAUAAUUUAGAUAAUUGUGUAUAUUUAGAAUUAAAAGGAUGUGAUAAAACUUUUUGUCAAGAUAUUGAUGAAUGUUUAACUAAUAAUGGUUAUUGUGAUCAUAUUUGUAUUAAUACUCAAGGUGGAUAUGAAUGCAAAUGCCGUGAAGGAUAUGAUUUAUUUACAUAUGAUGGACAAAAUAAUUUAUUUGUUAAAGAAGGUGAAACAGCUUCAAAUGAUUUAGAUGUUUAUCGUUUUAAUAAAACAUGUGUUAUAAAAAAAUGUCCACCAUUAAUUGGACCUGAAAAUGGUGAAGUAUAUAUUGAUAAUUUUGAUAAUUCUUAUGGAACAACAGCAUUCUUUCAAUGUAAAAUUGGAUAUUAUAUAGUUGGUAAAACUAAAAUAGGUUGUCAAUCUGAUGGUACAUGGAAUGGAACAAUUCCAACAUGUGUACCAGCACAAUGUGAAGGUUUAAAAAAUAAUAGUGCAAUUGGAUUAUUUAUAACACCUGGUAAAGAUUUUAUUGAAUAUGGAGAAAAAGUUAAUAUUUUAUGUACACAACAACAUAGACCAUUACCUAAAACACCAAUGGCAUCAUUUAGACAAUGUAUUUAUGAUCCAAAUAGUAAAUUACAAAAAGAUUAUUGGCUUUCUGGUAUUGAACCUGAUUGUCCAUUAAUUGAAUGUGGUCUACUUCCAUUAUUAAGUGGUGGUUAUUUUGAAGGUAAUGAAGAAUCAUCAUAUAAAGUUGGAACAAUUUUAACAUUAAAUUGUCGAUAUGGAUAUAAAUUAAUUGGUAAAAGUAGUUAUGAUGAUAAUUGGGUACGUUGUCAGGCUGAUGGAACAUGGGAUCUUGGUGAUAUGAGAUGUGAAGGUCCUAUAUGUGUUGAUCCUGGAUAUCCUGCUGAUGGUUAUACAACACUUGAAUCAGUUGAAGAGGGUGCUGUUGGAAAAAUAAGUUGUAAUAAAAAAGGUUAUGCACCAAUGCCAAUUGAUAAAAUUUAUUGUAAAACAGAUGUUGUAUGUCCCUUAAGUGAAGAUGUUGGUAUAUCAAGUGGUUUUAUACCAGAUUCAGCAUUUACAGAUAGUAGUCAAUCAUCUAUUCCUGGAUAUGAACCACAUAAAGUAAGAAUGUCAUCAACAGGAUGGUGUGGUAAAGAAGAUUCAUUUAUAUUUUUAUCAAUAGAUUUACAAAAAACAUAUUUUAUAACAAGUUUUAGAAUAUCAGGUGUAGCUGGUUCUGGUAGUCUUAAAGGUCAUAUUACAAAAUUACAAUUAUUUUAUAAAAAUAAUCCUAAUGAAAAUUAUGAAAAAUAUCCUAUUUAUUUUACAACACCAAAAGAUGGAAAUCAUAAUAAAAUUUAUGAAUUUUAUUUAACACCAUCAAUAAAAGGAAGAUAUUUAUUAAUUGGUAGUGAUGAAUUUGAUACAAAUCCAUGUAUGAAAAUUGAUGUUAAAGGAUGUUUAGAUUUAAAUAAUGAUUCAAAAAUUUCUGUUGGAUGGAAUGCAUCUGUACCAGAAUGUACAGAUAUUCAACCACCAGAAUUUUAUAAUUGUCCAACAAAUGAAAUAUUUACAUCAUCUGAUAAUUAUGGACAUUCACUUCCUAUUUAUUAUGAUAUACCAAAAGCAAAAGAUAAUAGUGGUUAUAUAUCAUGGAUAAAAGUUGAACCUGAAGGUUUUGAACCAGGUAAAAUGAUUAAACAAAAUAUAGAUGUUAUAUAUACAGCAUAUGAUUAUUCUGGAAAUUAUAAUAAAUGUAUUGUUAAAUUAAGAAUACCUGAUAAACAACCACCUGUUGUUAAAUGUCCUGAGUCAUAUUUAUUAUCAGCACAUGAUAAUGAAAUAUCACGUUUACUUUAUUUUAAUGAAAGUAGUGUAAGAUUAAUAAUACAAGAUAUAUCAGAAAUAAAAAGUAUAACAUUUAAUCCACCACAAUAUGAAUUACAAGUAAUGAAACAUGUUCAAGUUAAAGUAACAGUUGAAGAUAUUUAUGAUAAUAUUAAUGAUUGCCAAUUUCAAAUAGCAUUAUUACCUGAACCAUGUUCAAUUAAUUCAUUAUACAGUUCAAAUAAUGUUAUUAAAAAAUGUUUAUUUGAUAAAAAAAGUGGUAUAACAUUAUGUCAAAUAGAAUGUGAAAAUGGAUAUCAAUUUAUAGAUAGUCAAAAAUUACCAAAAGAAUUUACAUGUCGUGAUGGAAUAUGGCAACCAUCAAAUGAAGCACCAGCAUGUAUUAAAAUUCCUACAAAUCCUGCACCAUAUCAUUUAAAAGUAUCUAUUGAUUAUACUAUUGAUGGUAUAAUGAAUGAUAAUUCAAUAGAAAAUUGUUUAGGAGGAUAUUCAUUAUAUACUUCAAAAAUGUUUGAAGAGUUAAAUUCUAUUUUAUCAUCUCGUUGUUCAUCAUCAGUUCAAAUAUAUGUAAAAAUGUUAUAUGUUAAGUAUCAUAAAAAUAAUGAAAGAAUGAUAACUGGAAAUUAUACUAUACAAAUAUUACCGUCAGUUGAACAGGAAGUUUUUUAUGAAUUAUGUGGUUUAACUUUAAGAACUAUAUUUGAUAUAAGAAUUCCUGGUGCAACAAUUCCAAUAAAAAAAUUACUUACAAUUACAAAUGAUGAAAUAAAAGAAGUUGUUGGAGAAAAAUGUCCUGGUAUUAAUGCUGGUAAAACAUAUACAGAUCAAGGUUUUGGUUGUAUAACUGGUAGUGUUUUAAGAAAAAAAAGAAAUGAAGAACUUCCACAAUGUUUACCAUGUUCUAAAGGAACAGCAUUUUCUGAGAAUGAUUGUAUACCAUGUCCACAUGGAUAUUAUCAAGAUGAAGAAGGAACAUUAUCAUGUAAACAAUGUCCAACAGAAACAUUUACUAAUAGUAUGGGUGCAAUAAGUAGAUCAUCAUGUUUAGCUGUAUGUGGAUAUGGAAUGUUUUCAAAUUCAGGUAUGGUACCAUGUAAACAAUGUGAUCGUCAUACAUAUACAAAUACUCCUGGAACAGGUGGUUUUAAACAAUGUUAUACAUGUCCAAAAGGAACAUAUACAUCAAGAAUUGGUUCAAAUGGUAUUGAAUCAUGUAAAAAACCAUGUGAACCUGGUUAUUUUUCAACAUCUGGUUUAGAACCAUGUUCAAAAUGCCCAAAAAAUUAUUAUCAACCAUUAAAUGGUCAACAACAAUGUAAUGAAUGUCCAGAUGAUACUGAAAGUACAAUUGAUGGUUCAUCAAGUAUAGAUGAUUGUAAAAUAAUAACAUGUGACAAUAUGCAAUGCCAGAAUAAUGGUGAAUGUGUUGUUAGAAAUCAUAGAACAUCAUGUGAUUGUAAACCUGGUUUUACCGGAAAAUAUUGUGAACGUGAAGUAUCAAUGUGUCAUAAUAAUCCAUGUCAAAAUAAAGGAAGAUGUGAAAAUUACAAAGGUGCAUUUAAAUGUUCUUGUCAAUUAGGUUUUAGUGGUGAUCGUUGUCAAUAUGCCCCUGAUGAUUGUAUUGGGGUAGAAUGUCCUAAUGGUGGUGUAUGUCAAGAUUUACCAGGAAUAGGAAAUUAUAAAUGUAUAUGUAGAAGUGGUUUUAAUGGUCCUAAUUGUGAAGAAAUAAGUGAUAUUUGUGAAGCAAUUGAGCCAUGUAAAAAUGGUGCCAAAUGUAUUCCAUUACAAUUAGGAAGAUAUAAAUGUCGCUGUAAAGAUGGAUGGGAAGGACAUAAUUGUGAAAUAAAUACAGAAAUAAUAGAUUAG